GCAGGGAGCGGGCGCAUGAUGGCGGCGGCGGCGGCGGGGAGCGCCAGCGGCCGCAGCAGCGGCGGCGGCGGCGGCGGCAGCAGCAGCAGCGACACGUCCAGCACCGGCGAGGAGGAGAGGAUGCGGCGCCUCUUCCAGACGUGCGACGGCGACGGCGACGGAUACAUUAGCAGGUACUCGGGGAGAAAUGACUUGUUGAUGGUCUGUCGUCAACUGAAUAUGGAAGAGUCUGUGGCUGAGAUCAUGAACCAACUGGGCGCAGAUGAAAAUGGGAAGAUUUCCUUUCAGGAUUUUACAAGAUGCCGCAUGCAGCUCGUUCGAGAAAUUAGGAAGGAGGAAGUAGGCCUUUCUGAGAAGUCAGACAACUCCUGUAAAAAGAAGAAGCUGAGAGAUAGAAUUUCCUCCUGGCCCACCAGCAGUGACAACAGUUUAGGUGCCUUAUCAGCAGCCAGGGAGAGCUGGGAAUACGACUCGGGUGCCAGGGAUCUCCAGAGCCCGGACUUGCAGAGUCAGUCAGCCCUACAGAAGCUUCUGGAGUAUGGCGGAAGCUCUUUGCAUCAGCAGGCUGCUGCUCUCCACAAACUGCUCGCACAGUCACCGCAUUUUGGCAACUCUGUAGGAGCAAGCUAUCUAGAGCUGGCCAACACGCUCCAUUUAGCAGCCCUGGCAUCGCUCAAGGGAGAUAUAGUGGAGCUUAAUAAACGUCUGCAGCAAACGGAGCGGGAACGGGACCUUCUGGAAAAGAAAUUGGCCAAGGCACAGUGUGAGCAGUCCCACCUCAUGAGAGAGCAUGAGGAUGUCCAGGAGCGAACGACGCUUCGGUACGAGGAGCGCAUCACAGAACUCCACAGCAUCAUUGCUGAGCUCAAUAAGAAGAUAGACCGUUUGCAAGGGACCACCAUCAGGGAGGAAGAUGAGUACUCAGAACUGCGAUCAGAACUCAGCCAGAGUCAACAGGAGGUCAACGAGGACUCUCGAAGCAUGGACCAAGACCAGACCUCUGUCUCCAUCCCUGAAAACCAGUCCACCAUGGUCACUGCUGACAUGGAUAACUGCAGUGACCUGAACUCGGAGCUGCAGAGGGUGCUGACGGGGCUGGAGAAUGUCGUCUGCUGCAGGAAGAAGAGCAGCUGCAGCCUGUCCGUGGCCGAGGUGGACAGGCACAUCGAGCAGCUCACCACGGCCAGUGAGCACUGUGACUUGGCUAUUAAGACAGUCGAGGAAAUUGAGGGGGUACUCGGCCGAGACCUGUAUCCCAACCUGGCUGAAGAGCGGUCUCGUUGGGAGAAGGAGCUGGCUGGGCUGAGGGAAGAGAAUGAGAGCCUGACCGCCAUGCUGUGCAGCAAAGAGGAGGAGCUGAACAGGACCAAGGCCACCAUGAACGCCAUCCGGGAGGAGCGGGACCGGCUCCGGAGGAGGGUUCGAGAGCUUCAAACUCGACUACAGAGCGUGCAGGCCACAGGGCCCUCUAGCCCUGGCCGCCUCACUUCCACCAACCGCCCAGUUAACCCCAGCACUGGAGAGCUGAGCACAAGCAGCAGCAGCAAUGACAUUCCCAUCGCCAAGAUUGCUGAGAGGGUGAAGCUAUCAAAGACCAGAUCCGAAUCUUCAUCGUCUGAUCGGCCAGUCCUGGGCUCAGAAAUCAGUAGCAUAGGGGUAUCCAGCAGCGUGGCAGAACACCUGGCCCACUCUCUUCAGGACUGCUCCAACAUCCAAGAGAUCUUCCAAACACUCUACUCACAUGGAUCUGCCAUCUCUGAAAGCAAAAUUAGAGAGUUUGAGGUGGAAACGGAACGGUUGAAUAGCCGUAUUGAACACCUCAAGUCCCAAAACGACCUCCUGACCAUAACCCUGGAGGAAUGCAAAAGCAACGCUGAGAGGAUGAGCAUGCUGGUGGGGAAGUACGAGUCCAAUGCUACCGCGCUGAGGCUGGCUCUGCAGUACAGUGAGCAGUGCAUAGAAGCCUAUGAACUCCUCCUGGCGCUGGCCGAGAGCGAGCAGAGCCUCAUCCUGGGGCAGUUCCGGGCGGCCGGUGUGGGGUCCUCCCCUGGAGACCAGUCAGGGGAUGAAAACAUCACUCAGAUGCUCAAGCGAGCUCACGACUGCCGGAAGACGGCUGAGAAUGCCGCCAAGGCCCUGCUCAUGAAGCUGGACGGCAGCUGCGGGGGAGCCUUUGCCGUGGCCGGCUGCAGCGUGCAGCCCUGGGAGAGUCUCUCCUCCAACAGCCACACCAGCACAACCAGCUCCACGGCCAGUAGCUGUGAUACCGAGUUUACUAAAGAAGAUGAGCAAAGGCUGAAGGAUUAUAUCCAGCAGCUCAAAAAUGACAGGGCUGCAGUCAAGUUGACCAUGCUGGAGCUGGAAAGCAUCCACAUCGAUCCCCUCAGCUACGACGUCAAGCCCCGGGGAGACAGCCAGCGGCUGGAUCUUGAAAACGCCGUGUUGAUGCAGGAGCUGAUGGCCAUGAAGGAGGAGAUGGCCGAGCUGAAGGCCCAGCUCUACCUCCUGGAGAAAGAGAAGAAGGCCCUGGAGCUGAAGCUGAGCACUCGGGAGGCCCAGGAGCAGGCCUACCUGGUGCACAUUGAGCACCUCAAGUCCGAGGUGGAGGAACAGAAGGAGCAGCGCGUGCGGUCCCUCAGCUCCACCGGCAGCAGCGGCAAAGACAAGUCCGGCAAGGAGUGUGCGGACGCUGCCUCCCCAGGUCUGUCCCUGGCUGAACUAAGGACCACAUGCAGCGACAGUGAACUGGCUGCGGAGUUCGCCAGUGCCAUCCGGCGAGAAAAGAAGUUAAAGGCCAGAGUUCAAGAGUUGGUGAAUGCCUUGGAAAGACUCACCAAGAGCAGUGAAAUCCGACACCAACAAUCAGCAGAGUUUGUUAAUGACCUAAAGCGAGCCAACAGCAACCUGGUGGCUGCUUAUGAGAAAGCAAAGAAGAAGCAUCAGAACAAACUGAAGAAGCUGGAGUCUCAGAUGAUGGCCAUGGUGGAGAGACAUGAGACCCAAGUGAGGAUGCUCAAGCAAAGAAUAGCUCUGCUGGAGGAGGAGAACUCAAGGCCACACACCAAUGAAACGUCACUUUAAUCGGCACAUGGGCACCGAAGUUCUGCCCAUGGACGCUAAACUAUAGCAGGUCACCGAGGAGAGAAGGGCCCCGGGGGACAGAGUACCUGUUGGGAGAGUGAGAAAGGGAAGGUUGGUAGGUAGGUCAGCACUUGGACACUGGAGUGCCAUGGACUCAGCCUGGGGGGUGAGUGGCCCUGGUGACACAGUGUAGGCUGUAUCCAGAGGAUCCUGUUCCUCCCCUCCCGGGCCAUGGACGGCGUGUAAAUACCCGCGCAGUGUGCCGUGCUCAGCAGGCCUUUCUUCUGCUUUCAGCACUGGCUUUGCCAUUCUCCCAUCUUUUCUGUUCUGGAGGUUGUGCAUCAGUCGUAUCCCAGACAUUUGUUUUAUAAGAUUUUCCAGUCCUUUCUUCUCUUUUUUUGUAGACAGUGACCUUAUCUCUGGCAUCCCCAAUUUCUCCUCUUUCCUUCUCCUUGAGGGGAAAACUGACACUCACAGAGGGGUCUGUGUGUCUUCAGCAUCUAGAAGUGCUGAUUUGCUUAUUGCAACAGAUUUUGGUUUUCAAGUUCCACAUAUCAACUCUAAGAUAUAGGCUGUCACUCAGAGGUGCUCUGGGAGGUGGAUUACAGGAGCAUGGUACACAGGUGUUCCUUACAGUCCUAGCUUCGGUGAAGUUACAGGUAGAGAAACCCCAGGGCUGUUCCUGAACAAUUCUGUAUGGGAGAAUGAAAACUUCCUUCACCUCUCACUGUGGAGGCAGUGCUGGGAAGGGAGCUCUCUUUGACUCUGGGAUCUCCCCCUCCCAGUAGAGCCUUAUUAACAGCCAAGACUAAUGCU